UCAGUGCUUCAGUCAUCAGUGCUCUCAGAGACGAGUAGACAGGCAGGCUGAUAGGAUGCAGAAAGCAAUGGUUCUCGUUUCCCUGCUGGUCUUAGGGUGGUCCUCGACCAUUCAAGGGGUCCCUGUACUCCCAGACCCCCUCUACCCCACGCAGGAGAACUUCGAUUUGUCCCGGUUUUUGGGAACAUGGCAUGAUGUUGCCGUGGCGAGUACAUGUCCCUAUAUGCAGCGUAAUAGGGGAGAUGCUGCCAUCGGUAAACUGGUUCUGCAGAGCAGCACCACUGAAGGAAAAGUCAAGAUGACUCGAAGUGUACUCAGAAAAGGAACAUGUAAGGAGAUCUCUGGGGACUAUGAUUUGACCACCACACCAGGACGAUUCUCCUACCAUGUUGCACAGUGGGGGGCAGACGUGGAUGCCUACGUGGUUCACACAAACUACGAUGAGUAUGCGAUAGUGAUAAUGAGCAAACAGAAAACAGCAGGGGAUAAGAGCACCUCAGUUAAGCUUUACAGUCGAACUAUGGCUGUGAGAGACACUGUGUUGGACGACUUCAAAACACUUGUCAGAGAACAGGGAAUGGCUGAUAACACUAUCAUCAUUAAGCAGAACAAAGGUGACUGUAUUCCUGGAGAGGUGGUGGUGGAAGCGACUGUUCAGCCUGAGCCUCAGAGGAAGAAGAGAGACGUGGUGCCUUCUUUGGCUCCUGUAGACGCUGAGGGUUCUGGUGAUGAUACACCGCUUUUCAAUGGAACCGAGUCCUGUCAUACAGCACCUGAAACAGGACCAUGUUUUGGGAUUCACCAGCGUUACUACUACAACUCCUCUUCAAUGAGCUGUGAACUCUUCAAUUACGGAGGGUGUGUGGGCAACCAGAACAACUUUGAAACUGAGAGAGAGUGUCUGCAGAGAUGUCGCACUGAGGCUGUGUGCCGUCUGCCCAUGGCGGCCCUACCCUGCACAGGCCAGCCACCCGUCUGGGCCUUUGACUCCAGCGCCGGUCUGUGCGUGCCCUACAAGGUGGGAUUCUGCCAGGGCAACGCCAACAAGUUCUACACCAAAUCAGAGUGUGAUGAGUACUGCGGGGUGAUGGAUGACGACGAAGAGCUCCUGAAGGCAAAAAGCAAGUGAGAUGCAACGUGAACCAGCAUCACAUAAGGCCCAGUGAAAAAACAUGAUUUUGUCUCAGCACCCACAGAAUAUGUGAAGUUAUAUCACAACAGAUCACCAAUAAAACAAGUCAUAACUCUG